AUGAUUUCUUCCUCUUGCUCGAUUCAUCCAUCCUUCCAUGACAUGGACAUCCUACACUAUCCCAAACUCACGCAUCUCUCUCAAAUUGAAGAAAAUAUCAAGGGUGUUGAAAAUUGUAUCACGAUCAAUCAUCGAGCUCCUUUCAUUUAUGCAUCCUAUGAAAAUGUGAGCUCUAAAUUAUUUCCUCCCGUAUUUCAAUAUUCGGGAUUUGAUCAAUUACAAGAAUUAUUUUCAAAGAAUCCGAAUGAGUAUCAUCGAAGAAUGUUGCGGAGAGAAGUCCGAGGUUUAGCCUUUGAUGAUGAAACAAAGAAAAUUAUGUCCAGAACCAUGCCUAAAUUUUUCAAUAUUGAUGAGUUUGAGGAAUCUUCCAAGAAGAGAGUUGAAUAUUUAUUGAAGAAAGCUCUGGAACAACAUCACAAUCAGGGUGGAGAUCCUCCAUAUGUGUUGCUGGAAAAGUUGGAUGGAAGUUUGUGUUCACCCAUUAUUGAGAGAUGUGUCUCUAGCGAUGAAGAACAUGCGAUUGUCUCACUUUCAAAGAACAAUUAUGCAACAGCAUUGAUUGAUCAUGGAAAUGCUAGACGAGAGUACACUUCAUUCAAAGUGAGAAUGAGGACCAAAUUAUCUCACACCAAUUCUAUUGUGAUUGGAAUGGAAGAAUUGAUAUAUCAAUUAGGUGAUGAGUGUUCACAAAGAAAUAACAAUGCAAACCAAACAGAAGAUAUUAAGGUAAUUCUUCGCGAUCAUUUGAAAAAUAUACCACAACUCCCGUUGAUGUUAAAAGAACUUUCACCAGAAGAAGAGGAAUUUUUAGUUUUUAAAAUUGAUGAAGAAGCUAUUGUUCAGCAAGAUCAAUUCCUCAAAUUACCACCUGCAACUCAGAACUUCAUUAGAUUUUGUAUUUAUUGGAUGAACAGAGGGUACACUCCUCUUUUUGAGUUUUUCUCAAAAGAUCACAAAAUUGUGAUUGAUUAUGGAGACAAGCCAUUCCUAUCUCUUUUAGCAAUUCGACAUACUGUGAAUGGUAAUUUUCUCCCCUACCAACAAGUCAAAGAAAGCGCUGAUUUUUAUGACAUUGAAUGUGUUAAAGAAUGUUCCAAUCAGAAAGUCCUAACAGCAGCUUCCAAUGGCGAUAUUGAGGAACUAUUGAAAGCAAUUAGAAAUGAAAGAGGGAUUGAAGGCUAUGUAUUAGUAUUGAAUAGUGGAUGGAUGUUUAAAGUUAAGUCUAUGUGGUAUUCUGAUAUUCACAAAACAAAUGCAUACAUUAGUAAGGGAGAGCUCAAAGAAGCAGCCAUGUGGAAUUAUGUACUGGAAUCUAAGGUAGACGAUAUUAUUGGAUUUGUAAGGAGCGAAGAGGACAGAGUUCGUUUACGAGAUUUCAAUGACAAACUCAUUAAUUAUUUUAAUAACUAUGUUGAAAAGAUACAAAAUUACACACACGCCAUUCAACAAGAAUUAGAAAAAGAUUUUCCCAAUGUGGGCUAUGAAGAUAUUCCUAUGAAAAAUUUUACCACCGUUGCAAGAUCUAUUCUUUCCAAUGAACCUUCAUUCAUUCUCAACUUGCUUAUCAUCAAUAAGAAAGAACAAACUAGUCUACAUUCCCUUCUCAAAGAUCAAUGUGUGAAAAUAUCUCAAAAAGAUUUAAAUACCGUCAAAAAGAUGCUUGAAUGCACCGAUUUGGAGUUUAUUUCUCGAUCUGAAAUGAGACGACGAGAAAAACUUGCAAAACUGAAUCAAGUGGACAAAGCCACUGAUCAAAGUCAGGACGCCCAAGACGAGUAUGAAGAGUUCCAAGAUGAAGAAAAUGCUUAA